UUUUUUUUCAACCGACAUUUUUGAGUUGUCUCUAUUCGAGGACCAACAUUAGGCAUCUGCAUUCCAAUCUCCCAUGUAGUUUCUCUCAUCAAAGAAGAUAGUGAAUAACACUACAUAGUCUCAUUUCUCAACUAUAUAAACAGACACUCACCACACCAAAUCCAACCACAUUGUUUCAACUUCUGCUCAAAAUCUACUACUUGCAACCAAAAAUGGCAGACCAGAUCCCACAAGCCCAUGGCAGCAAGGAGACUCCUCAAGACCGCGGUUGUUUCGAUUUUCUGACAAACAAGGAAGAGAAGAAAGUUGAGGAUGUUGCAAUGAAAGAUGUCAAUGCAGGCAAAGAGGAGAAGCACGCGCUCAUGGAUGAGCUUCGACGCGCUCACAGCCAAUCGAGCUGCUCUAGUGAUGAAGAAGUGGAAGAGGGGGGAGAGAGGAAGAAGAAGAAGGGGUUGAAGGAGGAAAUUAAGGAUAAACUAUCUGGCAAGAAAGAGGGAGAAGACGUCGUCAUACCCAUUGAAGAAGGAAAAGCUGGGACGGAGCAACCCGAGGAGAAGAAGGGGUUCCUAGAUAAGGUGAAAGAGAAGCUCCCGGGGCAGCACAAGAAAGGCGAUGAAGAAUCUCAGACUGCUCCUCCUCCUGCAACAGAGCAUUCCCCAGCAGGAUGUGAGAAUAAGGAGAAGAAGGGCAUAAUAGACAAGAUCAAGGAAAAGUUACCGGGACACCAUAAGAAGAGCGAAAACGAGGUCGAGAAUUGAACCCGACAAUGUAACCUGUUACUAGAGACCUCAAAUCCUAUUUGUUUUUCUGUAUUUUUCUCUUCUGUCUUGUUAGUUUCCAUUGUAAGUUGUUUUUCAGUUAUUUAUAUUCUCUACUUUUCUACA